AUGGCUGCUCAUCAGUUGGAGUAUAGUUCAAACUACUACAAUGCGUAUUACAAUUGCGGACAAAUAUCUCAAGAGCAGCACCAAACCGGUUAUUCUUAUUCACUACCAAACAGCUACUGUGGUAGUAAUUCAACCUGGUAUCCAAACCACACAACUAUGCAGAACCAGAUGAAACAAAAACAAUCAGGGCAUCAAACGCCAGAGGAGAUAUCAAAUUCAACAACACAUGGAAAGUUAAAUGAAGCACCAUCGGAAGGCCAACAUUCAUAUUAUGCCAAUUCGCAAUAUUACUCAAACCAAUACUAUUGCCAACAGCAGUUGAACAAUUAUCAUAAUUAUUAUGCUUACCAACGUGGGUAUUACACUCAUAAUGGAGACACAUUUGCGUCGAAAACACCGGAAACAGCCGACCAUUCUACUUGUAAUAUAACGUCUAAUACAUACCCUGUGUCAUAUCAGCCGAGUGAUUUUGCAACACAAUCCAGUACAUUCAAAGAUCAAACCGAAUUUCCGUGUUAUAAAAAGUCAGAUUCAUCACCAAAUUCUAAAUUCAGCGAAGAGAAAACAGUUGCAACUAAUAAAAGGAAAGCAGACUGUGAACUAACCAAAGAAGACUCUCCUGCCCUACGGGCUCUUCUAACAAACCCAGCAAAAAAAUUGAAAUAUAUACCGGGAUACAGCUCAUCAGGUGUCAUAAGUUUAAUGUCCCCGAUAAGCGACCGAAUGGUUCCUGAAAUUGUACCACCCUCUCCUAAUAAGACCAAUGAUAGUAUCGACAGUAUUUUAGAGUGCGCCAAUAACGGCUUCGAAACAAGUAUUCAAAAUGACAACGUCAACUUUUCGCUGAAUCAUUAUUCCAACCCACCAACUGCAUCCACCUAUGAUGGUGUUAGCACUCCGCCAUUAUCACCAAAGGAUUCGGAUAUUGCAACGUCAUCUCCCUCAGUCGAUAAUGGAAUAUCGAAAGAAUCAUCAAAACGUACGCGUCAAUCGUAUUCGCGAUACCAAACUCUAGAGUUGGAAAAAGAAUUUCAAUAUAAUCGAUAUCUGCAAAGGAGGCGUCGCAUUGAAGUGGCUAAUGCUCUGAAGCUCACCGAACGUCAAAUUAAAAUUUGGUUCCAAAAUCGUCGGAUGAAAGCGAAAAAAGAUCAAUCAGUUUCUAGUCCUGAUAUUACAUUUGAUGAUGGACACCUACCUGUGUAUAACCACCCAGAAACCGCGCGUCAAGUUUCUUUUAGCCAAACACACACCAUAUCGCACGGAAAUUUCCCCUGUUAUGAUACGAAUUUAUCACAGGACUAUAACAACUCUGCACUAGCCAUUCAAGACUUGGAUACUACGUGCUUCACCAUCCAUUUGAUCGAUCCACCUUACUCGCUUACUACUCCUUACUGCCUACCGGAUCACAUUCAAGAAUCUUUUUCACGUGGUUGCGUCCGUUAUCCUGAUGACAUGCUCAGUCUAUCGUGA